CUUUAUUGCACUUUUAUAAAGAAAUUUCGAGAUUAAUUGUGACGGUGGACAAUCGCCAUAUUUUAAAUGGCCCAAGAUUGUCUUAAUUAAUAAAAAUGAACAUGAAAAACUAGCCUUCUGUGGAAGUAAUUAAAAAAGGAUGGAAGCUCGACUGUACAACUUCUUGGACUCCCGGCUCCUGCCCAAAAUCACCACAAACGCGCAAUGCACAGACGAUCACGAAGUGAGCAAUUUGAUUAGCGACAACUUUCUAGUCAGAUCUCGGGGCUUCGUGGCGGAUACUUCGACUAGACCGCCGGUUCACGUUGACGUCGAGCUCCUAUGCCCGAUUAACGUCCACUACAUUAUCCUAGCGAAAAACCUCAACCAUCAGUAUUUCACCACCGUCGAACUCUUAGCGAAAUACAAGACGACCUUUUCGUCGAUCGCGUACGAACGUUUCGAUACAACAGGCAUCAUUUUUUGUAACAGUACCUUGUAUAACUCACAAAAACUGCCAGUAAAUAUAGACACCAGUUACAGAGUAGCGUUUUUUAAACCGCACGCGCGCCGUUCGUUCUCAACCGUCAGCUUUCUGAAGGUAAACUUCGUUAGAGUCGAACGUUCCGUUCCGUGUUUGGGACGGUUAGAAGUAUGGGGUAACUUUUCUCACGUCUGUCCUGAUGAAACCAUCAAAACAGUUGAUCGUUUAAUGGGACUGACACCAGUGCAAAGUACACAGGUCGUGCAAAAUGGCAACCCGGGGGACGAAUUUGAGAUACCCGAUGAUUUCAAGGAUGCUCUUACAUUCGAAGUCAUGAGUUUGCCUGUCACGUUGCCUAGUGGAAAUACAGUGGAUCAGACGACCUUAGAUAAAUGGGUCGAAACCGAGGCGGCCUAUGGACGGUCGGGUUCUGAUCCGUUUACUGCCCAGAGAUUUAACGACGUGCGUAAGCCGAUUUUUAAUGCUGCUUUGAAGCAUCGUAUUGACAUGUUUUUAUUGCAAAAUGCUCACCGGAAGGAGACCUUUGGAAUACAGCGGACUGUCGGGAAGAGCAACGGCGGUGGGAAAAAGCGUAAGAUUCUGGAGGAUUCUAGAAGUGAGACCAGUGUAGAUUUAAGUUCUGAAGAUAGUUUAAGUUCAGCCAUUAAGAGAACUGUUGGUAGUACCCGAUUUAUUAGUUUCACAUCUGAUGAGUGUGCUGUUUCCGAUACUAAAAUGUGUGUUAAAUGCAAUGUUCCUAGCAAUUUGUAUGCAAUUCCAUGUGAGCAUUUUUACUGUAAGAACUGUUUAUUGUCAGUCUGUGAUGUAUUAAAGUGUAUGCGUUGUAAUGCGCCCUUUUUGAAAAGUGACUCAAAAAGGGUUCACUAAUCUUAAUUUAAUAAAAAUUUUUUAAUCGCAAU